CUAAAUACAAGUGUUUUGAUAAAAUGCUUAUUUUAAAAAACUAAAUUUAUAAUUUUGAAGAAAAUGUAUGAGUUCUACCAUGCGGAUUAAUUUCAUGAUGAACACUCUGAGAUCAUCAAAAGAUGGUUACAUUACAAUAACAAUGAAAUAUUUCUUACCGUAUUUUUUAGGCACAGAAAUUGCGACAGGGUGCAAGUUAAUUAUGUGUUUAUGUCAAAAUGUAGUGCAAUAGCUAAUUUAAUUUAUAACGUAUAUAUAAAUAAGCUGAAUAAGUAUAUGUGAUCUUAAGCGAAAAUGGGUAACUGCUUUGCUGGGAGAUCACAAGCUGAGCAAACCACCAGUUCUGUGAAUGCUACUGGAGUAGAGACCUCACCGUCUCAUGUCCAUCGAGCGUCUGAGCAAAAUGGUGUUUUGGUUAAAACAGCUAGUGCCGUUGCGUCGAACACAAACAACUCUCAAGGUAGUCCAUCACCAUCUAAUCAGUCACCUCAGCACAAAGUUGAUACAAGCAAUGAUAUUGUACAUUCUGGACCACUCAAAGUGUUUGUUGCCUUGUAUGAUUAUGAUGCUCGCACAGAUGAAGACCUUUCAUUUAGAAAAGGGGAACACUUGGAAAUAAUAAAUGAUACUCAAGGUGAUUGGUGGUAUGCCCGAUCAAAAGCAACCAAAAAAGAAGGUUACAUUCCUUCCAACUAUGUAGCAAAGCUAAAGAGUCUUGAAUCAGAAGCGUGAGUAUCAAUAUUUCAUAAUCUAACUUCUAAGAGUACUAAGGGGACCAAGACUUAGGCUUAGGUAUUUUUUUAUGAUUCUGAAGACUUAGACUCACUGACCAGUAAAGAUUGGGUUAGGAGUAUCAUGUGUUUUGUUAAAAUUUGUCUCAUCCUAAGUGUAGUAGUGUCGCAACUUCGGGGAAUCCGAGUUAGAGUGAAAAGACCUAUUGAUAUUGUUCGACUUGGACCUGAAUGAUGUGUAUGAUAUCUUUCCCGUUCUUCACUGAGCAUUAUUGGCAUUAUAAACUAAAUCUGAUGAUCAAUAAAGUUACGAAGAAGUGUCUACAUGACUGGUGGGCGGACGAAUAAGUUCUUGAGAUAUUCUUGAGGCGACCAAGUCACAUGACCACCAUAACAAAGUUGUCUGUCAGCCUUGUCACGCGACCGCUAAUAAUAGUCAUUCAGAAAAUUGUCGUCGGAGAUGCAUCAGGGUGAUGAGUUUACUUCAUUUCAUCAAAGGGGGGGGGGGGGGGAGCAAUGCAUUUAAACCAAGAUAACGUUUUUUUUUUUUUAAUGAGUUGGAUUCAAAUAGACUAGUAUAUUUAGGCAUACUAAUACUAGCAUUAUAAUAGUUUUAAUUUAAGAUCAAAUGCUUAUGAUACACUUUAUGUAUCUCAGAGCAUUUUAAAACAGGCAGUGUCUACACAUCCGGCACGCCGGUUUUAUAUCUCCCGCACUAUUAGUCCGGCGACCAAGUCACAUGACUGCCGUAACAAAGUGGCACGAGAUAUUUGUCCGUCAGCCUUGUCCCGUGACCGCGAACAAUUCAAAACUAUUUUAUUGUUAAUUUUAAAAUUUAUUUUUCUACCAUGUAAUUUACUGAGUAUCUUGCAAACAAAUAAAAGAAAAAAAAUACUUGGGUAUAUUACGAAAACAAGUGGAGGGGGGGUUAAGCAAUAAUGCAUUCUAGAAGGAGGCAAUGCUGCUAAGAGGAAGAGAGUAUUACGGUAAUUUAAAAUACGAAUGCUAAAAAAUAAUAUUGAGGUUUAUAAAUAAUAAAGUUUAAGGCGGGGAGGCCGAUAGGUUUACAAAGAAAUAGACCCUACAUCUUAAUAUAGGGUCGAUUUAGUGGUAGCCUAGCCUACUUCUCAUGCAAUACAAAAUACCAAUCCUGAAAUACAACUUUAUUGACAUAGGCAUAGGUCUAUUGAAGUCUACUGGUCUUAUUUAAUUUGGUUCAUAUUUUAAAUUUAGGCUACAAGGUAAAGCUUUAAAAGUACUAGUACUACUUGUUAGUAUAUAGAGCAUUUGAAUAUAUUAAAAUGUUCAGCAUUUAUUUAUUAUCUAAGGAACGGAAUAUUAAAUGCAAUGCAACUAUUUUGCCUGCGACCACUUGCCACAUGACCUGCCAGAAUAAUAACACCAACUAGUCGUCCGGCGGUCACGUGACAUGCUCGCCAGACGUAUAUCUCCUGCACUAUGUGUCCGGCGUGCCAGACGUGUAGACACUUCGUUGAAAAUAUUAACAUAUUCAAUAUUUAAUUAUUAUCUAGGGAUCGGCUGACUAAUAUAUGUACAAAAUAUUGGAAUAUCAUAUGCAAUGUGACUAUUUUGCAGGCGACCUCUUGACACAUGACAUGUGACAGAAUAAUACCUACUAGUCGUCCUGCUGUCACGUGACAUGCCCGCUUGAAGAAUAUCUCCCACACUAUUUAUCCGGUCGCCGAAGGUGUAGACACUGCCAUAAAGUUAAUGUGAAAAAUAUUGUAGUGAAAUGUUCCAUUCCUUUUUUAAAAUUAAAAUUCAAGUUCCAAAGAAAUAAAAUAAAGACACAUCCAUGCUAAUAUUAUCCCAAGUUGAACACAAGUGAAAAAAAAGAUGCACGUUAAAAGGUCUAUCUUUUGAUUAGUUAAAAAAUGAAGUACCACCGUAAUUUUAUUGAGAGACGAAACUCCUCCCCAAACUUAAACAAGAAAAAAUAACAAAAUAAUCUUCUGGAGAGGGGUCUACCCUUCCCCCACUUUCAAGACAAAAAUAAAAAAAAUUACAAAAAAGAAACAUCAAAUAAAUGCAAAGCUAAAAACCUUAAAUCUUUUGAAUACGAAACUAUGGCCGGUUGCUGACCUAGGGAUCCUCCAUGACCUUUAUACCAGGGAAGGCAUCGCCGGCUUUACUGCUAACCCAUCCUAGCCAUACUAAUCUACUAAAGGCAUAGAACUACUACUAAUAAUAAAACGUGUAACAUAUAUCAGGUGAAUUCCAUUGUAACUGACCUAAGUUUCAGAAAAAUAAUUUCAAUUUGCAUCCAGUAUAAAUGAAAAAUGCCAUUAAGUAUGAUUAAUUUAAUUAUAUAUUUAAUAAUUUAAUAAAGUGAAAAAAAUUGCAUUUAUAAAUAUAUAUUAAGCAAAAAAGUAACAAAAAAAAACAAACUAAUUGUAGCCUGAUUGACUAACAUGAAAAAGACAUAAUAUUUGUGAGUUAACAUCUUUUUUGUUGAUUUCCUUUGAACUCUGCAAUAAAUUAAACAUAUAUCUUCAAACUAAUUAUGUACAAUGUUUACUUUUCUAAGGAAAACCAUUAAAAACUACUAAGCAAGCAUAUAAAUAACAGUGUUUUAAUGCUUGUCAAUCAUGUGACAUGGAUCAAGACAAUGAAAACUGUCUGUCUUGAUUUAUUAGAUGUAUACAAAAUAAAAUUCAACAAAAUUUCUAAUAAAAUGUGCAGAACUUGUUCUCAAUUCUAGAUUGCCAGCAGGUCAUAAGUCACAUAAAACAAAGGUAAUAAAAAUAACUCCUUUCCAAGAUGCAUGAAAUAAAUUAAUAUAGCACCAAAUUACAUUACCAUUACAUCAAUGAAAAAAAUAUAAAAGCUAAGGCCUAAUUAAAAUUAAAUUAUUAUAAAACAUACAAAAUUUAAUAACUUAAUUUGUGAGUCUCGCGGCACAUUGAGAAUGGUAACAUCAUCUGCCUCUUGAACAAGAUGUAAGGGAGUUUGAAUUUGUCCAGGUUUGUUCCCAACUAUGCCAUUGUGGAUAAAGACAUUGUGGAUCUGUAGCCCAGUAGAUGAGAAAGACAGCUUGAGGAGAGGUAAACCCUGAUAUGGAUAUACUACUCAUUGAGAGGCUUGUUAAUUAUUGUACAGUAACCCAAUUGUGAGAAACCCCUAAGUUGUGACAGUUGAGUGCCUGAGCCAACUAAUGUAAAUGUCUCUUUGGAGAUGGCGUCGGUGGGUCGUCGAGUUUGCACUCAUAAUAUCCCCCGCACUGCCAAAGGGGGCCAGAGCCGGGUUUCCCCGACUCCAGUCCAUGCGGAAGAGCGCCAGGAACCUCCCUCCUGGCCUGAGGGACAUCCCGUCAACCGAGGACGCUGCGUUUAAAGUGUCCGCAGUCCACUCUCAUAUGGGUCAAGACGGCUUUACUUCCUCUCCGGGGAGGUGGUGUUGCGUUACCACUCCCCACCGCCCAGGGAGUUGUGCGAUCGGGACGAAACGGUCGCCUAGGGGCGGCUUUCUCAGGGCAGCGUCUUUUUAUCAUUGACAAGGAUUUGGGCGGCCACCCAUUAUCUCAUAUCCAUCAACGGCAACAAUAAUCAUGUUAGCGCUCAACUUCCGUUGCGUAGGAAGUCAUGCGUUUGACUGGGAUUUUUUAGCUUCAGAGGGAAAACCCCCCCUACUAGUCGGUCACGCCACGAAGAGGCAAAAUCCCAUGUAACACCACUCGAGCAAGUGGUGCUGAGCAUCGACCUCACAGAGCUCGGUCUUUGCCCGACCGGAGCCAACUAAUAAACUUCUUUAUUUUCAUGAUAGUCAACGCUUUAAAUAGCCAGACUGUCAACAACUGUCGAAGCCUGUCCUUAAUUCUCUUUAUAAAACUUGUUCUACAGUGAUGCUACAGAAUAAAAUAGUUAUUAAUAGUGCUAACUUCAUUUGAUUCUUUUAUUGAAAUAUGCCAAAAUGAUCAAAGAACUGGUGAAAAUGUAACAAGACAAAAAAACAUUAUUUAUUUAGAAGUUGUGUUAAAACAGCAACUUAUAUCUUCAACUCAAAAUCUCUACCCACCCAGGGUUUCCUAUUUACUGUUCUUCCUAAGCUUUUGUUGUUUUCCAACUGUUAAGUUGGAGAAACUGAACUAAUUUUUUUCAGUUCACCUUGGUUGGUUUAAUUUCCUGUAGUCAGUGAGUUUGGCAGUGAUUAUAAACUUUGAUUGCUUCAAUACGUAAUUUCAUAUUAAUUAAUCUUCCUUGCCUAACACUGUAUACUUGUAUCUAUUUCUAUUUAGAUGGUACUUCGGAAAAAUAAAGCGAGUAGAAGCUGAGAAAAAAUUGCUGUCACCAGAAAAUGAACACGGAGCCUUUUUAAUACGUGACAGUGAAAGCCGUAGAAAUGAUUAUUCCUUAUCAGGUUUGUAGAAUUUCCAUAUAAUUGCCUCAUGUGCUACUGCUAAUAAUUUUCCUUUAUUUUGAUGUGAAUGAUCCUGAAGGAGGAUUAUAAAAUACACACUUGAUGAAACGAUUUAUUUCGAGACCUGUUUACCCUCAAACUCUUAAAAUCGUACAAUAUCAUCACACAUUCGUUCAAUAAAUUAUCUUAAUAGUAAAAAAUUAAACAUACAGUAUAUAUAAUGUACACACUUCAAAAUCGUACGUUGUACGCCAAAAUCGUAAGAGUAAACAGAUCUGUAUUUCUUUUGUCAAAUGAAACCUACCUGUUUUGGGGAGAUUUUAAAAAAAAAUGUAGCAUUAACUAUUAGAGAAAUAAAUGUAAAAAUCUGUCUUAUUUGCUAUUGCUUAAAAUUGAUUUUUUUUUAUGUUUUAAAAACGUAGUUCGUGAUGGAGACACAGUUAAACACUACAGAAUUCGCCAACUUGAUGAAGGAGGCUUUUUCAUUGCAAGAAGAAUUACAUUCAGAGCACUUUCUGACCUUGUUGAUCACUACAGUGCAGAUUCUGAUGGACUCUGUGUUAAUCUUAGAAAACCUUGUUCACAGGUAUGUUUUAGUCAUACAGAUCAUUUCCAUAUUACAUUUUUUUUUUCUUUGUGUUUUCUGCCAUUUGUUUAAGAAGCAGUGGCAGUAGUUGUGAAAAUUUUCCAUUAUUAUUAGGUGAUUGAAAAAUCCCCUACUUUCGAUUGUUUACUGUACCAAAUUAUAAACACAGAUAUAGCAAUUUAAAAAACUUCAUUUUAUAAUACCUGUUUUCUAAUUUAAAAUGGUGAAAUGUCUUUAACUCUCUGCAGUCUGACGUUUUUUUCACAUUUCUUAAAAAUCUUAAGGUGAUUUUUUAAAAAUAAUUAAGUAACUGAUCUGAAAUAGCUCUGAUCUGAUCAGUUAAUAUAGUAACUUGUUCAUCUUUGACUCAGCUAUCAUUGAUAUUUUUUUGUAUAUUUUAUUUUCUUAAUUAUAAAAAUAAUUGAAACAUCAUUGGAGAAUUAUUUUUUUGACAAAGUUUUCACACAGUAUGAAGGAAAAAAAAAAAAUCCUUGUUAUAAAAGAUUUAAAAUUUAUUUAAAUAAAAUACUUCAUCAUCUUAUACAAUUCAUAGUCAAACAUGACAAAUAUUCUAUGAACAAUCAAAAAGUUGUCAACAUUUUAGCAAAACCUAUAUUGUCUUUUUUCCCUAAAAAAUGCACUAUAAUUUUUCUUUUAAUUAAAAUUAUGUUUUGUAUGUAAUAUAUUUAAAAAAAUGGGCCUCAUAGCUUAUAGAUUUGUAUAUUAAAUAUAUUUCUUAAUAAUUCUUGAGUAAAAGAUAAAUAAGUAAAAUUUGAUGAUUAUAUAAAUAACUCAAAACAAGAGACAAUGUUGUUUUUUUAAUUUUAAAAUAGCAGUAUUCGCUGAUGUUAAAGUUAAAAAAAAUUAAAAUGUUUCAGUACAAUAAUGCUAAUUUUGAUAUUAAUGUCAAAUACUAUCCAUUCCUCACUAAUUUGAUCUAUUUUUUCCCAUGUACUGGCAUUUUUAUAGAUCUUUAUUAUAAUCCUCACAUAACACAGGCUGAUAAACUACAGUAUUCCUUAAUUAUAUUUAUGGACUCGAAAUAUUAUUUCUUAAAACAGUCUGCAUUUUUAUUAUAAUAAUUAUAUUUGAUAAAUAAGAGCUUGGCCUGGACUUGUUUAUACAUAAGAUUAGGUAAGAUUUUUCACCACAGAAUAUUCCCUCAAUAAAGAACCUGUGAAAAAAAAAAAAUUUGAUUGAUUCAUAAAUAAAUUAACACUAAUGGUUUCAGUAAUGGUAUGCUAUCAGAAAGGGAAAAUACCAUUAAUCCUAAUCCAAAUGCCUAAAUUAGUAUAAAAGUAAACCAUUGUACCUAGAAAAUACAUUAUAACAUAUGUUAUAACAAUAUUGUGAGUUUAUUCUUUUUAUGCAUUUUGCUACCUAGUGAUUAGAUUAAAACUUACCACCACUUGUUUUUAGGGUAAAAUCUUCAAAGAUAUUCCUCUAUUAACUCUGUAACUCAGUAAAAAGGUGGAGUCAAGGCUUAAUAUUUAGGAUCAAUAAGGCAUAAGGGCUUCUUGAUCCAAUAUCUCCAUUUUUGUCUCUCUCUCCUCCUUCCCAUUAGAGUUAGAGAGCUUUUAAUAAAAACAUAAUUUUUUUUAAAAAUUCUGCCGACAUUAGUCUCUACUAACACUAGUGACUAGAGAUAAUGAUAAUUAAAUUUAAACACAUUUCUGCUAUGCAAUAUUAGAAAAUUUAGAAGAUUAUUCAUGGCUGUAACAUAUUUAAAAAAAAUAUAUUUAGUUAAUAACUCAGAAGUCCUUAAAUUUAAAUUUAUUUAAUUACGCAAGUUCGAAUUGGCUGUAAUUUUCCGCAAUUUUAAAAAAAUAUUUAUUUCGCAUAGCGACGCUACUUAUUUAUUAUGUACUUAUUGAAACUCAAUAAAAUUCAAAUAUAAUAUAUCAAUAUAAGUAUAAAUGGAUAAUAUUGUAAGAGACCUUGCUUACUAUCUGACAAACUUCAUCUAGAUCUGGUACUCAAUAAGUAAACAACUCCGGUGAUACAUUUGAUGAUUAAACUCGUGUUCUUUAUUUGAUCUGUCAUUUGCUUACACUUUCACUCAUCUCACAACUCUGACUUCUCCCUGCUAUCUAGUUCUCAGUCCGGCCGCCUUCUUCCUCUAACCAUCCGGCCGCGCUCUCCCUCGUCCCGUCCAGAGAUCCCUAUUUAUAGCUCCCCGUCCCAUAGUUCCUCUCCCAGUCCAGGCGCCAGGUCUAGACGUCCCAGGUAAAUGCCCUGGUCAGAUGGCUUGAUCCGUCGAUCGUGAUCCCUGGUCAGCUGGCGCUGGCUGUACCUGUCAGACGGUGUCAGACGGCCGUUAAUCCCUAGUCAGACGCCCCCGGCCGAACUCUCCACAAUAUAUACUUCAGCCAAUUAAAAUUAUAAAAAAUAUCACUUUAUUGUUUUAUUAUUAAUUUUAAAGUCGGGAAAUGAUAAUUAAAAUUAAGCUUACUUGUUUAUGAUAGCAUUAGUCGGUACUUUUAUAUGGAAAUUGUGAUAAAUUUCAUGAUUAGAGUCUCCAUUUGGAUACAUUACUUUAGACAAACAAAUAACUCCUUGAUAAAUCGGGAAAUUAAAAUCAUUUGACAAUAUUCAUACUUCUUUUAAUUUUCUUUGUGAGACUUAUAUUUUUUGUUUUUUUGGAAAUCUGCGAAGCUUUCAAGGGAUACUCCGCGCUGAAUAAGUUUCCAAAAAUAUUUUAUUUUAAUAAUAAUUUCAAAUUUUGUAAUAAUUUUAAUUUUUUUACAAAUACUUAAACCAAUGAAACAAAUUAUUAAAAUAUAAUAAAUAAUUUUUUUCAAUAAAAAAAAAAGUUAAAAAAUAAAUAACCCACCCACAAAAUCUAUGGUACUUAUAAGUACCUUUUCUCUAUAGUCGGACUGGAGAGAGUUAAAAGGUAAAGGAGAGUAUUCUGAAAGUAUGCGUUAAUAACCCACUCAUCAAAACACCACUUUAUGGUGUUGUUAAAUAUAAAAAAAAGAUAUUUUUAAAUUAUUACCAAUGUUAUGUGUAAUGUUUCAUGAUAAAUCCAAUUUGUUGUUGUUAAGAUCGAGAAGCCUCAGACAGUUGGAUUGUCUUACAAUACCAAAGACCAGUGGGAGAUCCCCAAACCUUCUCUCAAGCUUAUUCGCAAAAUUGGUCAUGGGCAGUUUGGUGAGGUCUGGGAGGGAUUGUGGAACAACACCACGCCUGUGGCUAUUAAGACCCUUAAGCCAGGUAAGCUAAUUAAUUAAUCACUAUCAAAAUAAAGAUGUCAAGGCAUAAUAGUUCAAUAAAAUACAGAAGAAAAGAACAUAUAUAAAGAUGUGAAUAGGAGAGACCCUUUUAUGGUAUCUGACAUAGGGCAAUGUUUAUUUUGUUCAAUUAAAUUACUAUAUUUUAGGUAACACAACAGGUUGGUUAUUUAUUCAGUAGUCCUUUAAACAUAAUUUUGGAAGUGGAGUAUAUUGGCAAAACAAUAUGUGUUGACAUGCGGCAACUCCACUGGCUUCCAAUAUCCUCUCGCAUCAAGUACAAGUCUGGCAAUCUAUGCUUCAACUCGUUCACUGACCCUCACUUUCCUGUCUAUCUCUCUGAACUGUUGCUUCCUUACAUCCCCACAAGACAACUACGCUCUUCCAUUGACAAUAGAACCCUCUCAAUCCCAAGAACCAAAACUAAGACCAUCGGUGAACGCUCCUUCUACUUCCAUGGGCCCACGUUCUGGAACCUGCUCCCCUUCCAUAUCCGUCAUUGUGAGACCUCGUCCACUUUUAAAAAGUCCCUUAAAACCCAUCUGUUUAGGUCCGCCUAUGACCUGUGAUGCACCCUUCUUGCCCUGCCUCAUUUUCUGUCUCGGGUUGAUCCUGUAGUAUAGGCCAAUACGUGCCAAAGUGUACUCGUUUUAUAGCCAUUUUAAUUGUUUCUAUAGUAUAGUAGUUAUUAUCCUAGUGUCUCAUUUUUAUUUUACUUAGUUUACAUGUUUUUAAUAAUUGUAAAGCGCUUAGAGCUUUAAGGUAAGCGCUAUAUAAAAAAUGCCUAAAUAAAUAAAUAAAUAAAUACUUUAAGCCUAAUGUGACCCAGGUUUCUUUUUUGAUUGCUCUUGCAGGAACAAUGGAUCCCAAAGAUUUCUUGGCUGAAGCUCAAAUCAUGAAAAAACUCCGCCAUCCCAAACUCAUUCAACUUUAUGCAGUUUGCACUCAAGAUGAACCUAUCUAUAUUAUCACAGAGCUUAUGAAGAAUGGUAGCUUGUUAGAGUUUUUACAAGGUCAGUAUAUUUGCACUGCUUCUAAAGUAAAAAGUCUAACAAGAUAUGAAAACAAUCACGAUUAAGAAAGACUUAAGAUCUAUUGUAAAAUUUGGCAAUUAAAGAACGAGUCCCAUAAGUUAUUUCGCAAUAUAGUUUGACUAAAUAAAAAUUCCUUGAGUAUCCACUAUUAACAAGAUUUUAAUUUUGUUACCAGGAAAAGGACGAACACUGAAACUGCCCCAGUUGAUUGAUGUGGGUGCUCAAAUAGCUUGUGGUAUGGCAUACCUUGAGUCUCAAAACUACAUUCACAGAGACUUGGCUGCAAGAAAUAUUCUUGUGGGGGGUGGAGACAAUACCACAGUGAAAAUUGCUGACUUUGGUUUGGCACGAGUCAUCAAGGUAAAUAUUUAUGGGUUUAGAAAUCUUUUAAGAAUUUACCAGCAGGCUCCCCCAGCGGUUACCAAAUAUAAAUGAUCACUGUUUAAGUGGCUUAUUUCUACGCUAAAGAAAAUUUUAGAUGUCUUGUGUUUAAAUUGUUAAAAUUUUAAAUUGUUGUCUUGGUUAAAAUAUGUAUUUAAUUAUGUGCUGAAAAUGAAUAUGUACAACGUAAUCAAAAACAUUUUCAUAUAUCAAUAAAAUAAUUCUAUCAUAAUUUGAUUUUUUCCAAUGCAUCUACCAAUUUAGCCACCCAUAUUAUAGGCUUGGUUAUAAUUAAUUUUUGUUAUGCAUACAUUUUUUAUAUAAGUAAUAUUUGAGAAAAAAAUAUAUUGCCAUAAAAAUUAGUGACAGAAUACUUCCAUUGUAAACACAGGUGGCUAGUUUUAAUUUUAUCAAAACUUACUUCACAUGGCUUGUGUGUGUAUUGUCAUAGGAGGAUGAAUAUGAAGCACGUGUUGGAGCAAGAUUCCCCAUCAAAUGGACUGCACCAGAGGCAGCCAACUUCAACCGGUUCACAAUCAAAUCAGAUGUAUGGUCAUUUGGAAUAUUACUUACAGAAAUUGUCACCUAUGGUCGUGUUCCAUACCCAGGUAUAGUAGAAGGGAACGCAUCAGUCUUUGCUAUCUAACUACUUUUUUUUAAUAUUGAUUAAGGAGUUUAUAUUAUGUAUAGAAGUCCAAAGCAUGUCUCAGCUUCUUGUCAUUUUGUUUUUAACAGUUACAAAGUUUUACCAUGAUACUCUUAACUGUUUUGAAUAUGUUGAUAUGACUUUAGGAUUUAACUUCCCACUUCAUUAUCAGUGAUGGAAAAACAGAUUGACAAUUUUUUGUAUCACAUAGCGCACACUUUAGCAAAGAUAACUCUGCGGGCAGAAUACCAAGAUAUUAUAUAUCAUAUAUCCAAGACAGUUUGUCAAAUUCUGCAACAAUCCUGUUGUAUCAUUAUCCAACUGAAAAGAGUUGCUUUGUCAGUACUAAAAAUAACUUUCCAUUGUCGCUUGCGAUCUUUAAAAAGUAUCACUUAACUCUACCUUUUUUGAGAAAGAGUGGAAAAUAACAUUGGGAAUGCAUAAUGAAUGGAUAAUCAGAUAGCAAAAAGAAAUGAGAUGUGAAUAUGAAAUUAACAUAUGAAAUGUGAAUAUAAAAUUAACAUAUGAGAUGUGAGUGUGAAAUUAACAUCCCUAAUUGAAACCCAGCACAGGGAACAAGGAGCCUGAUGUUGUUCUCAGUGUUGUAUCUUGUAGUUACGCAGGAAUUUUUAAAAUUAACAAACCUAUACCCAUUACUUUUGCCAAAACAUUUAAUUUGUAUUUUUUGUAAUUAUAAUUAAACCUUAACAUAUGUUUUAUUUACACAAAUUGUUUGUGGCUCAUUAAUCUACUUAAAAGCUUUAUUGCAGUCCAAACUUUUAUAGCUCAUUACUUUAACUGUUAUGCACUACUUACCAGUUUAAUUACCCAUGCUUCGACUUCUGAAAUUUCACUUCAUGACCUUUUAAAAUAUCCAUAGUAUUGUAUACAUAAAAAUUGUUCUGAAAAUUUUUUUUUUCCCCCCUUGUUAGGCAUGACUAAUGCUGAAGUGCUGCAUCAAGUUGAUCAUGGCUACCGCAUGCCAUGCCCACCAGGCUGCCCCAAGGUUCUCUAUGAAAUCAUGCUGGACUGUUGGCGAAAGGAGGAAAUUGAAAGGCCAACUUUUGAGACCCUGCAAUGGAAACUAGAAGAAUUUUUCUCCAUGGAACCUAAAGAAUACAGAGAGGCAUCUUUUGUAAGAUAAAUUGCUGUAAUUUAUUAGCUAUUUAAACUUAUUAAGAACAUUUUAUUUAGUCAUUUGAAAAAAAAAUAUUAAAGGAUAAUGGUGUUUUUAAAGACAUCCAUCAAAAACACUUGUACAUUUUAUUUUUGUACAUUCAGUUUGGGAAUAUACUUGCUAUCCCUCAAAUUUUCAUUUGAAUUUUUCCAGCAGGGGUGUAGUGUUUUUUCCCCACAGGUUUUACAAACUAACUUGAUGAAUUUACUAUUUUCAGUAAAUAGUUUUAAAUGCAUGUGCCUAAGCUGAGGAAAUCAUUUGCUAUUUGGAGUUUGAUAGUUUCAGAAACGUUGUUUCCAAAUAAGGCUCACCAUAGCUAGUGAUUGUCCAUGCAUGGAGAGGAAAGGUAAAUUUUUAAGAAGUAUGGAAGUAUAUAAAAGUAGAAUGCAGAUAACUAAUGAAAAGGAUAAUUGAAUGGAGUGUUCUAAGCAGGAAGCUUGUAAUUGAAUGAAUUAUAGAGAUGAAUGCAAUAUGCUGAUGAAUUGGUUUGCUUGGUUUUGAUCUAGUACCUCAGAAGUGUUGGAUCUGUAGAUAUGACCUACUGAAGAGUGACUGUCGUACGGUUGUGAGGUACUUAAACCAGGAUGUUAGUGUCUAAUUGCACUUUGAGAGAAAUGAUCCAUCCAUAAUAAUGAUUAAUGUGCCAAUUUUUGUAAAAGUAUGUUUAAGGCUGGUAUAUUUGAAUUUGCCACUGUCAAAUGUCAACUUAUGUGUUUUUUGGUUGUAAAUAGAGUGAGAUAAUUUGGGUUUAAUGUAUAUGAGGUGCAGUGGCUGAGAGAGCAACAAUAAAAAUACAUCACCCCCCACCAUUUUAAAUAAAAUAAAUGUAUUAAAUUAAUGUGAGAAAAUCUGAGUGUUACAUUCAAGCACCAUCGACAAAUGUUGAGUCACUCACUCUACCAUAUUAAUAGCCUUUAUUAAGAGAUUAAUUGUGGAACCUCUAUAUAACGCACCCUACCAUAAAAAGAAGAAUUCGAAUAUAACAUGGUCAUGGCAUUGGUCCCCAAAUUUUGUAUCUACAUUUGUGCAUGAAUUUUUUGGGGUUAAAUUUAACUGAAAAAGGAGUAUAUAAAAAUAUAUUCUCAUACAACAUACUCACAAUUCCUCAAAAACUGGUCCAACUUCAACACCACAUAGCUCACUAACAACAAAAUGAUUAAAAAAUCCAAUUAUUGGGUUAUAGUUCCAAGAUUUCACUGUAGUUCAUACCAUGUUUGUAUUAUUUAGUGCUAGUCUUCAACUGACAAAAGUCCGUUUUUAUGAAUUUUCUUUUUUGUGGCUCUCAAGAGUUUUGGUGUUAUUUAUAGUCAACUGUUUCUAAGUUUAAAAAGAUUUAGUUAAACUUUAAUGCUUUUUGUGUUAGAUUGACAAAGAAUUAGACAUAUAUAUUUUUUAAAAUUGUUAGAAUGAAUUAUAUAACUGAUAAAAUUUUUAUUUAGUUAUAUAACUGAUCAAAUUUAUUAUUUGGAAUAUACAGGCUGAUCGAAAAUGUUUGUAAGAGACAUAUCCUAAAACAUAGAUAUAAUUAUUUCAUGAGGAACACAUAAUUUAGAACUGAACAAGGAUGUGUAUUUUGGUGGUGUAUGUCAAUUUGAUUAGAUUAUAAAGCGACCACUGGUUACAGGUCGUCAUUUCGACUCCAGUGUUUCUUAAACCCCCAUUGAAAUCGUGUGUUUCUUAUCUAUCUUUUUAUUUGUGCUUUUAAGUCAGAAUUUUUUAAAAGGGUAUUUUAUAUAUUAGCUGUUGUGUUAAUCCAGGAAGAUUAUAUACAAUGUUCCACCAUUUUUCUUGUCAAGAUGAUUGUAUACAAAGGUUCAUUUUAGUCAUGUUACGCUAAAUGUAUUUGCACCAUAGCAAGGUUGUAAAGGUCCUCAUGAUUUUUUUUGUUCAGCUUUAUUUGUAUAUCUGUACAUAUUAUAUAGGUAGUGAUUUUGAUAACUUUACAUAAACUUUUGUGAAAAUUGCAGCAGCAGUCAUUGUUAUUUUUUUCUUGUGAUUCCAAAGUUUCUGAGAUUUGGCAAUGGAAAGAAAACACAAAGACCAUGGCUAAUUUUGCUAAUAAAGCAGAUCUUUGACAGAAUGAAAAUGUCUGUUCAUUUCAGUUCCUAGGCAUCUAUUUAUAGAAAUGGAUUUUUUACGUAGAGACACUUUAUGGGACAUUAUUUCAGCUGUUUUGAUUGUCAUAUUAAAUUGUUUUUGAAUUGCUCUGACUGGGGUAAGGUACUGAUGAGAGAGUGCCCCUAGACUUAAUAAAUUUAGUGUUACAAUACUUUUGUCGCUGUAAGAAUAUGUUUUUAUUAUUCCCUGUCAGCUUUUUUUGAUUCCAUUUAAUUCUUUCCUAACAUUUAAAUAAACAACUAAUUUUGUGGCUUUAUAGUUAAAGAUAAGGGCGUACAUAUGUCGUCCAUGACAUUGCAAAAAAAAAAAGCGUGUACUUAUAAAUGUGUUAUGGCAUCAGAAUGGGAGAGUUAGGGUAGCUUAAAUUAUAGUAACUGACAUUGAUUGACCAUGCUUAGACCCAUGAGUAGUGGUUCUUAACAUUUGCAUGUCAAUAAAAAUCAAUUUUUAAAACAUAUUUCUGCACAUACAGGUAGGUGACCAUUAGCUGAAAUUACAUUUUGAUUUCAAAUAAUCAUUUAAACUAGAUAAUGUAAUAGCACACUCACUCAUUGUAAGGAAAUGUCAUGAGCUUUCAUUGAUAAAUGUGAAGAGGAGCACCAUUAUUUAAAAAAAGAAACAUUCCUGUUUAUGUAGCACUCUUCCAUAAGGUUCUUUAAUCUUCAAAUAGCUGUAAGUAAUAUCUUUGCCAUGGGAGGGUCAUUGGCAGCAUUUCUGUUGUCAUACAUAUUUGGUGUUGUGUCACAGCACAAUUUUGGGUGUUGCUAUAAACACCCGCAUCUCUGGUCAUAACUUAUUCGCUGCGUACACACAUGUAACAAAGAUGUGCAUUUCUAUGAAAUAAAUGUUGCACAUAAUAAGUUAGGCUCAUAAUUAUUUUUUUGUGUGGUAAAAAGUUAAAAUUACUUAAAAGGAGCAUGAAAGGAAGACAGUCAGGCAAACCAUGGAAGGCUCCUUAAUUUUGAAAAAUGGUCAUAUUAAAGGGUUGUGCACAUGUGAGAUGAUCACACAGGUAUUGAAAGCAUUCACAGAAAAUUUGACACAUGACAAUUUUGAUUUUUUAAAACUGUUUGGAAAGUCCAGAAUUUCUCAAAUAUAAAAAAAUAAAGAAAUUUAGCCGAAUUGAAUUAUCUACUUGAACUUUUCAAUAAAAGCAGGUCACACCAAGGCUAAAUAAGUUUUUUGAAAAUUAGUAAUCAUAUUAUAAGAAAACCUUAAAUUAAAUCUAAGGAAUAAAACAACCUAUUUAGUUCAUGGUGUGACCUAAAGGAGCUAUUAUUCAAAUGCUGUGUAUUAUGAGCACAGUGCAGCACACUUGGAAACCUUCCUCUUCAAAAUUGAUCCAGGUUUUGUUAAAAGGGAGCAUAGAGAGAGACAUGGAAAACAAAUAUAAUUAAUAUUUAACUCAUUUUUUUUUAGCUUGCCAUUUAAAAUAGGCAGUGUUUACCAAAUGGGACAGGUAAUUAGUGUGAGUGUCACUGUGACAAGACUAAUUCUUGUCAUUGAUGUACAAUUCAGAAGGUGGAGCGAUUACUUAAAAUGGUUGAACUCAUAUCGAGAUCUUUUUCUUAUUCACACUCAUGGGUUUUGAAAAUCUUACCCAAACACAAAGUCAGAGUACUUUGGUUAGGUGCGGGAUGUUGAUGCACUUUAAUGCGGAGGACAUCGGGGAUGGCAUCAUUAUGGAAUUUCAGCUGGUCCAAUAGAAAGUGGUAAAAUAACAACAAUUUUAACUCUAUUUUUAUUUUGAAGAUAACCUUUCACCAUCUAUUAACUUCGCAUCUUUAUAUAUUAUAUAUACACUGUGUUUGGUACCAGACAUUCGAAUGCUAUCUCUGGUUCACAUGAUACUUGAGAGAAAACAAUAGGCACCCAGCCCAGCUUAGUCUUGAGAUGUCUUUUAAUCUGUCGAAAUUGGCUGGAUUCUUGCUUUACCAAUUGUGCAAAUCUGUGUGAAGGGAAAUUUUAACAGUGAACAAUUUAUUUCGGCAUUGUGUUCUAGUGAAACGGUGCAUUCACAGAAACGUGCAAGGCUUGUGGAGUAAAUAGUCCCACAUCUUAUUUGAACACCCAACAAAACUUUACUUAUUUUUUUAAAUAUAUCUCCUUGUUUAAAAUUGAUAUUUUCUUUUAUAUUUGAUUGCCCUCUGUGGUGUUAUAAGGGAUGUCUGUAAUGAAUUAUUGCUUUUGUUGAAGAGACACCAGACGUUACAAGCAAUCCAAUGUGAUGUGUUAUCCCACUAGUGAUUUUACAUAUUUUCUUGAGCUGCAGGCUGCUACCAGCCAGACUGACUGAGACUCCUGUCCUGAUUAAAUAGGUCAUUGGGAUGCCCCCCCACUUCCCCCAACCCUCCCCAAAUACCUCACAGAACUGUGUUUCAUGAUCAAAUGUCACUUUUUUUUUCAACAUUGACAGAAUGAGAUCAGUCCCUUUUUCUAGAUUGACACUUUUUUCAUUGACAGAAUGAGAUCUUGUCUUUAAAGAUAAGAAUUUUGUUACCUUUUUCUAUGUUGACAGUGUUGGAUCUUAUUACUUUUUUUAUAGUUCUAUAUUGACAAAAUGAUUCUGACCACUUCCUUUCUAGAUUGGCAUCAGAUCUUGUCACUUUUUUAAAAUUAAAGUUUGGUGUAUGAACUGUCACAUUUUUGUAAAUAAGGUGAUCACUUAACUACAACAGCUUGUCUAUAUGUCUGAGGUUCCCAAACUUUUUCGAGUCAUGGCACCCUUUAUGCAUCCAGGCCUUCCCAAGUGAAGGAAGCCAGCUUGGGAACCUCUUAAUUUAGUUUAUUGAUUCAUAUGAGUAAAGGCCUUGGCAAGGGGAAACAACUACAGGGGAACACCACUAGCAAGUAUAGACUAUGGAGUGAGACAUGUGGCAGAAAAGCCGAACAAAAGGUCCCUUAAUGAAAAGAUUCUGUAUUUCAUGAGAUGGAGAGUAGUGAACUGUAAAUCAUUCAAUAGACUCUACACUCAUUUUCAUUUGGUUAGACUCUACACUCAUAUUCAUUUGGUUACAGUAUGACAGGAUAAAUGUUCACAAUUUCAUCAUCCUGUUAAAAUGGAAAAAAAAGUUUGGUGGGGUUGCCAGUCAAUGCACUAAAAAUUUAAGACUGUUUGUAAAUUUAGUACAAUUGUUUUUUUGUUUGUCUGUUUUUUUUGCUUGAUGUGUAAUGGCAGUGACAAAAUGAAAUGAUUUCAUGUCUUAAGUACGUAGUAGUAUGAAAUAGAAAUUCAUAGAAGUGACUGUUUUAAAAAACUUUAAAUUGGAUCAAAACUUCAAACAAGAAGGCCUGCCUAAAGGAUUGUCUGCUCAAAGUUUGGCUACAGGAACGUUUAGACGGUCCCUUUAAGACAUGACGAUAGGGGUGUCCCCUCAGUUUGGCUACAGGGCCGUGCUCUCAAGACUUGGGGACAAUUUCUUCAAGACUUGGCCGGUUGGACCUUGUCCUUAAGUCUCUGCUUUAGGACUGCCUCUUCAAAACUUGCAUGUAGGUCCAUGUCCUAAGUCUUUGCUUUAGGACUACCUCUUCAAGACUUGCCUGUAGGUCCAUCUUCAUCUAUUUCAUUGCGGAGAAGGGUGUGCCAGAAUAAACUGAAUGUAUUGCAGUGCAUCUGUACCCUGGCAUUUGAGGUCUCGUGGCAAGACUUAUCUCGACCAAUGGUCAAGUAGAAUAAGUUAUAGCUGAAGAUUUAUAUUUGCUAAUGUUUCUGAAGUUGAACCAGUUCAUCACCAUAUAACUUUUUAAUGUUUUAAGCACAAUUAUAUAAACAAAGACAUUUUUUAAAUCUUAAUCUUUUUUUUUUUUUAAUUAGAAUAUCAUACAUGAAGAUGUCCGCUUGAUACCUAAAGACUGCUCCUUUUCUAGCUGAUUCCUGUACAUACACCUGUGUUUCAGUGUCCAACAGAUUUUUAAAUGAAGUGGUGUAAUGCAGCUGCUCUGUUGCACAUUUGUGAUCAGAUUGAAUUGUUUACCCUCUUUGAUUACUUACACCUGGAUCAACCCUGUC